AAGAGAGCACAGCGCGUGACGCCCCUCUGAAAUGUCUCAGUAAACUUGGAAAAGGGCUUUUCUCAUUACCUCGAGGGAUUGAGAUGGCCAUGCCGACGGACUGUAUAUAUAAAGGAGAACAGCAGGAACAUGCCUAUGCUCAGCCGUGGACGGAAAGCGAGCGGACCUGUGACGUUUCAGUGCAACCUCAGUGCAAAGGCGCUCUUCUUUUUAAGGACUGCUGUCUCCUCAAGUGGAUUGCUGUACUUGAAAAUAUUGUUGUAUUUUCGAAAUUAAAAGCAUUAAGAAACCGUAUACUAUCCAUUUUGCAAUUAUACAGGUGUGUUUCUGCACAUUCUGUGUCGGUUAGUAGGCUGUAGCCUAUAAAACACCUGUCUUGGACUUUCAAGAAGCUCCCAAGUGAUGAUUUUCUGAACUUUUCUUGAUCGUUUUUUCCAUGUCAGCCCUAAACUCUGUCAUGGAAUCGUUUGUGUCUUUAGUCACCGAGUCCACCGACAUCACCCCACCGGACGAUCCGUUCACGGGUCCCCUCAAGUCUAUUGCGCCCUGGAAUUACACGUUCCUCGCCUGUCUGAUGUUCAUAGUGACUUCACUGUCUAUAACAGAGAACUUCACCGUUAUGUUCGUGACGUUUAGAUACAAACAGUUAAGGAAACCGUUGAAUUACAUCAUUGUUAAUUUAUCUGUUGCCGAUUUUCUAGUUUCACUGACAGGAGGCACUAUAAGUUUUUUAACUAACGCACGAGGCUACUUCUUCCUGGGUGUCUGGGCGUGUGUGCUGGAGGGAUUCGCUGUCACUUUUUUCGGGAUUGUGGCUUUGUGGUCUUUAGCAAUCUUGGCAUUCGAGCGUUUUUUUGUGAUCUGUCGUCCUCUGAAAAAUGUCCGUCUGGGAGGCAAGCAUGCAGCUAUGGGUCUUGUUUUUGUUUGGACCUUCUCUUUCAUCUGGACAAUCCCGCCGGUUCUGGGUUGGAGCAGUUAUACAGUCAGCAAAAUUGGCACUACCUGUGAACCCAACUGGUACUCAACUGAUUACUAUGACCACACCUACAUCAUCACCUUUUUCACUACAUGUUUUAUCCUUCCUCUUGGCGUGAUCAUUGUCUCCUAUGGUAAACUUAUGCAGAAGCUCAGAAAGGUAUCAAACACUCAUGGAAGGCUGGGUAAUGCGCGUAAGCCUGACCGAGAGGUGGCGAGGAUGGUCAUUGUAAUGAUAGUUGCGUUCAUGGUUGGAUGGACGCCUUAUGCAGCAUUUUCAAUUAUUGUCACAGCCUGUCCCACAAUUUAUAUUGAUCCUCGCCUGGGCUCAAUACCGGCCUUCUUCUCAAAGACUGCAGCUGUAUACAAUCCCAUCAUCUAUGUCUUCAUGAAUAAGCAGUUCAGGAAGUGUCUGAUCCAGAUGUUUAGAGGAAAUGUCACCAGUCUGGAUUCCACCAAUCUGAACCAGACAUCAGACAGAGGGCCCAUCACUGCCACAGGUGACAGUCACCUUGGAGAAAUGUCCACCAUUGCGGUUCGUGUGCCUAUGUCCAUGUGCAACAUGGAGAAGUGUAAGGAUGAAGAGGAAGAGCCGGAGCAGAGUGGGAAUGGAGGUUCAAACCAGCUCCCUUUAUCGGAUAGUCAAGUAUGUCCUUUGUAGAAAAGGACUAGUCUGACGGAAUAAAUGUAUACCCUUAUUAAUGUAUAGUAGUCUAACCUGUUGUCUAACUAAAGCAUAAAU